AUGGGUGGAAUGCCCCCAGGAGCUGGGACCACUGGCCCUGGGGGCCCCGUGCCGAACGCCCAUGCUCUCUCACAUCUGAAUCCCGCGCAGGCGCAUAUGUUUCAGCAACAGGCCUUUCCACAAAACUUCGCGAACAAUCCCCAGUUAAUGCAACAACAUCAUCAACAGCAGUAUCUCCGACAGCGAAUGAUGAUCCAGCAGCAGCAGCAACAGCAGCAACAGCAGCAGCAACAGCAACAGCAACAGCAUGGCCUCCCUGUAUCAUUGCCAAAUGGUACUCAGGGUCUCAAUGCUGCCCAGCUGGCUGCAAUGCAGGCGAACCCCGGAAUGCGACCCGUCAACUUGCAAAUGCACCUCCAGCAGCAGGUGCCCCAUGGCCAGCCUCAAAACCUCCAGCAGCAGCAACAACAGCAACUGUUUGCUAUUCAACAGGCACAGGCACACCAGGUGCAGCAGCAACAGCAGGCGAAUAAUGGCCAGCACACCCCACAGCGCUCCUCGGCGCAGCCUCCAAAUAUGCACGAAACCCAGAGCGCUACCCCCCAAUCCCAGCAUGGUCCUCCGCCGCAGAGCGGCACGCCUCAGCCGAAUCAAACUUCGCAACCUCCUUCCACCCAACCUCCGCAACAACAAGUUGGACCACAGCAAGCCCAGGCUACUCCAAACCCUCAGCCACAGCAGCUCCCUCAAACGUCGCAACCGGGACAGCAGCCGGGACAACCCGGCCCUCAAGGACAACCUCAGCAGGGCCCUCAGGGCCAGCAAGUCCAACAGGUGGGACAGCCAAACCAGCAGGCAAUGACUGCCCAAGAGGCCCAACUCAAGGCCCAGCAGCACCAGAAUGCUACCUUGAUGAUGCAGCAAAGGAUGAACCGACAGGGCAACAGUAUCUUGUUUCUCCACUCAUAUGCGGAAUACUUGAGUGGUUUCCAGAGCCGUGGCGAAGCACAAGAUCUCUUGUAUUGGCAAAACUUUGUCGACAAAUUCUUUGCCCCUGGUGGUGUAUUGCGCCAAGGUGUUUGGAACGCUCAAGCCGGGUCCAAGCAGUUUGAGAUCUCUACUCCCGCUUUGGCGAGAUACUAUCUCACCCAGUAUACAAGUGGCAUUCGCCAGAUUCAGAUGGUUGUGGAAGGUGCCCGGGAACGAGACAUGCCCAAUGUGGGCCACAUUGUAGAGAGCCAGCGGACUUCAUUUAUCUACUGGUUUACGAACGAUUGCCAGCUCUUCACCCAAUGUCAACUGCGUGCUCACUUUGAUAUGAGCAACAAGAUUGAGAUGCUUGACAUCACUGUCACCAGCCAUAAUGAAUUUAUUCCUCGGAGUCUGCUCCAGUCGAUGGAGAUUGCCGAGCAGAAGCAGAGCCCUAAGCUUACCAAGAACGCGAAGCGGGCACAAAAGCAGGCCACUUCAAUUCCUUUGCCGGAGUCUAUGGUCACUGCCAAUGGCGUUCCUACCCCGGUUAUGGGAUUCCUAGAAGUUGCAGAGACGAUCUCGCAGAUGCAAAUGCUGUUCCAGUUUUCGCAGCAGAACCCCCAUUUCUCUCCCCCAGAAGCCCUCCGAAACCUCGUUGGUACCCUUCAGACCCAGCAUCCUAAUGCCGGAUUUAUCACCCCCAUGAACCCUGGCAUGCAGCCAGUUCCCAAUGUGCGGAACCCUAGUGUGAAUGGACCCUCCCAAUUCGCCUCUCCUGCCAUGGCUCACCUGGGCCUUCCGGGGCAACAGGGCUCGCCUCAUCUCACUGGUUCUGCACACGCUAGCCCUGCUCAAAGUCAGCUUGCUGGGCCUCCAGGCAUGCAAGGUGGGGUCCAGCCGUCUCCGGUUGGUGUGAACAAUAGUCCCAAUGUGGGUGGCAACAAACGCCGCCGCGCGAGCACGGUCAAGAUGGAGUCUGAAGAUGGAGGUGCCGGCGCUGAAGUGAAUGGCACUGCCCCUCAAGGCUCUGGCAAAGUCAAAGCCAGCCCUCGAGUACCGAAACGACAGAAAGGAGCUGCCGCUUGA